UUGAUCGUCUGAGCAGAACAGAACGGGGCUGAAGAGGCCCAUCUCUGUAAACCAAGGGUAAAGUGGACGCGGAGUCGUUAGGUAAACGUGACACGAGUCCAUUCCAUUGUGGAAUCUACUGGAGUAUUGAAUGGGACAUAAAUCAUUUCGCCAAAGCUUUGGAUACCAGGAAACCUAAAGAAAUCCAAAACUUAUCCUCGUGUCUCAGUGAAGGGCCUUUGUCUGUGUGCGUGUGCGCGUGUGUGUGGUGUGUGUGGUGUGUGUGAUGUGUGUGUGUUGCUAAAUGUGUCUCAAUGUGGCUAGUGAGUCAUUGAGUGCAUGCCUGUGUAACUAGCUCGCUAGACUCCCUUUGUGUCCCAGCCUGUGCACGUGCACGCGUACGGGUGGGUGCGUGUGUGUGUGCGUGCGUGCGUGCCGUGUGAACAGCCAACCGGUGACGAUGAGGGCCGUCGUCGGCCUGUUGUUGUGCGUGCUGCUGGCCGCGCAGAGCUCCGCCUCCCGCUUCACCCGCGCCUCCGACUCCGGAAGCACCCCGGGGCCCGAGGGCCUACCCAACGGCAGCGUCGCCACGACGACCUCCCUGGCGCUCCAGGCCCCGGGCCCCGGCGCCGGCGCCGGAGCCGGAGCCCGGGGCCCCUUCCCGCCCAUGUGCCACAAGCCCACGGAGAUCAAGAACGCGUUCAAGUACGUCAACACGGUGGUGUCCUGCCUGAUCUUCGUGCUGGGCAUGGUGGGCAACUCCGCGCUGCUGAGGAUCAUCUACAAGAACAAGUGCAUGAGGAACGGCCCCAACGUGCUCAUCGGCAGCCUGGCACUGGGAGACCUGCUCUACAUCCUCAUCGCCAUCCCCAUCAACGUCUACAAGCUGAUAGCAGAGGACUGGCCGUUUGGAGUGUACAUCUGCAAGCUCAUGCCUUUCAUUCAGAAAGCCUCUGUGGGCAUCACUGUGCUCAGCCUCUGUGCCCUGAGCAUCGACCGCUACCACGCAGUCACGUCGUGGAGCAGAGUGAAGGGGAUGGGCGUUCCUCUAUGGAAGGCGGUGGAGGUGACUCUCAUCUGGCUGGUCGCCGUGGCGCUGGCCAUCCCGGAGGCGCUGGCCUUCGACAUGCUGGAGCUGCCCUACAGGGGCAACAAGCUGCGCGUGUGCCUCCUGCAUCCUCAGCAGACCAGCGACUUCAUGAAGUUCUACCAGGACGUGAAGGACUGGUGGCUCUUCGGCUUCUACUUCUGCCUGCCGUUGGCCUGCACUGGAAUCUUCUACGCACUCAUGUCCUGUGAGAUGCUGCGGCACAAGAAGGGCAUGCGCAUCGCCCUCAACGACCACAUGAAGCAGCGGCGGGAAGUGGCCAAGACAGUGUUCUGCCUGGUGUUGAUAUUUGCCCUGUGCUGGCUGCCGCUUCACCUCAGUCGUAUACUCAAGAAGACAAUCUAUGACCAGAAUGACCCCAACCGCUGUGAACUGCUCAGCUUCCUGUUAGUGAUGGAUUACAUAGGAAUCAACAUGGCUUCCCUCAACUCAUGCAUCAAUCCCAUCGCCCUCUACUUCGUGAGCCAGAAGUUUAAGAACUGCUUCAAGUCCUGCCUGUGUUGCUGGUGUUACAGAACGAGGACACUUGAUAGCCGAGGUUCUGGGGGCCACUGGAAGGGAAACGGACUGGACCGCACCAGCUCCCGUUCUAGCCAGAAAUACAGUUCUUCUUAAGCAACGCACACACACACACACACACACACACACACACACACACACACACACACACACACACACA